AUGGCUGUCAUUGCGAGAUUAUUUCAGAAAACUCGCCAGAAAACCGCAGAAGAUUCGGAAUCCUUUGCGUACUCGAGUAAACGGGAAUAUAUUAUCUCGACGAACACAGAUGCAGAACGACACCACAGCUCACUGGAGGGCGCCGGUGGUUUAACGUCGUUAAAGCACUGCCACGUAACGUUCGCGUUGUAUUCGUGUCAAUUUAGUGACUCGCUCCCGCCCUCAGCACCGGAUACAGAGGAGGUGAGAGACAGCAGCAAGCAGGCAGACAGGAACAGCCAGUACAGCGUACAGGCAUUGUUUCUACUAGCAGAGGUGAUGGCGCCACUGCUCGAUGCCGUAUAUGGUAGCGAGGACAAGGAUAAGGUUGCUCCAUUGUUGAUGUCUGUGAUGACUCAUGUUACGCCGUAUCUAAAGAAUCACAGCGCGCACAACGCUCCGAGCUACCGCGCGUGCUCGCGUCUGCUGGCCAGCGUCAGCGAAUACCAGUACACGCGGCGCGCGUGGCGACGAGAGGUCUUCGAACUGCUGCUGGAGCCAGCGUUCUUCCAGACGGAUGCGGCGUGCCUGCACUGCUGGCGCGGGGUAGUGGACCACCUCAUGACCCAGGAUAAAACCACCUUCAAAGACCUCAUGGGUGAGUGA